AUGCUUGUUCCAAAGGAAACUGAUUCUAAAGAAGUACUUGAAUUAAUUAAAAGAUAUUACGGGGGUUAUUAUAAUAAUUAUAAUAGUGGAUGGUAUAGAUGGAGAUGGUUAUUAUGGUUAUUAGUUUUAAUACCAAUAUUUUUAUUCUUAAUAUUAUGGUGUGUUAGAAGAAGAAGAUCAUCUUCACAAGUUUAUUAUCCUGAUCAGUCAAAUCAACAAUAUUAUAACAACAAUAACCAACAACAAACUUAUGGAAGUGGCUAUGUUCCACCUGAAAAUCCACAAACUUCUCAAACCGGUGGUUACAAUCAAUAUGGAAAUGAUCAAUAUGGUGGUUAUGGAGGUUCUACUCAUUAUGGUAGAGAAGCUGAACAUAAUGUUAAUGGAAAUGAUGACUAUGCACCACCUGAGGGUCCACCACCAGCUCAUACAAAAUAUUAA